GCUGAUGCUGCAGAGCCGGUGGGGUCCCAGCGGAGAGCAUGAGGCGCUCAGAGCGGGAAGAGCGUGGAGUGGGAGCGCUUAGCUUCCCGCAGCCCUGAUCCAAGCCUCCGCGCUGGACUCCGGAAGACAUGACUAUGGCUGGGGGAAGGAGAGGGCUGGUGGCUCCCCAGAACACCUUUCUGGAGAACAUUGUGCGAAGAUCUAAUGAUACUAAUUUUGUCUUGGGUAAUGCCCAGAUAGUGGAUUGGCCCAUUGUAUACAGCAAUGAUGGAUUUUGCAAGCUAUCAGGAUAUCACAGAGCAGAAGUUAUGCAAAAAAGCAGCACCUGCAGUUUUAUGUAUGGGGAGCUGACAGACAAAGACACAAUUGACAAGGUGCGGCAAACGUUUGAGAACUACGAAAUGAAUUCCUUUGAAAUCUUGAUGUACAAAAAGAACAGGACACCUGUCUGGUUCUUUGUGAAAAUUGCUCCGAUUCGAAAUGAACAGGAUAAAGUGGUUUUAUUUCUUUGCACUUUCAGCGACAUAACAGCUUUCAAACAGCCCAUUGAGGAUGAUUCGUGUAAAGGCUGGGGGAAGUUUGCUCGCUUGACACGAGCCCUCACAAGCAGCCGGGGCGUCUUGCAGCAGCUUGCUCCAAGUGUGCAGAAAGGAGAGAACGUUCACAAGCAUUCUCGACUUGCCGAGGUACUGCAGCUGGGCUCUGAAAUCCUUCCACAGUACAAACAAGAGGCACCAAAGACUCCACCACAUAUCAUUUUACAUUAUUGUGUUUUCAAGACCACCUGGGACUGGAUCAUCCUGAUUUUAACCUUCUACACUGCUAUUUUGGUCCCUUACAACGUCUCCUUUAAAACCAAACAGAACAACGUGGCCUGGCUGGUGGUAGAUAGUAUUGUAGAUGUCAUUUUUUUAGUAGACAUUGUGCUUAAUUUCCAUACCACUUUCGUUGGGCCGGCCGGAGAGGUGAUCUCAGACCCGAAGCUGAUCCGCAUGAACUACCUGAAGACCUGGUUUGUGAUUGAUCUGCUUUCAUGCUUGCCAUACGACGUCAUCAAUGCAUUUGAGAAUGUCGAUGAGGGAAUCAGUAGCCUGUUCAGUUCACUGAAAGUAGUCCGACUUCUUCGGCUGGGGCGUGUGGCUCGGAAGUUGGAUCAUUACAUUGAGUAUGGAGCAGCUGUCUUGGUUCUGCUGGUGUGUGUGUUUGGUCUUGCAGCUCACUGGUUGGCUUGCAUUUGGUACAGCAUAGGAGAUUAUGAAGUUAUCAAUGAGGAUACAAACACAAUCCGAACUGAAAGUUGGCUCUACCAGCUGGGGGAGUCCAUAGGAACGCCUUAUCGGUUUAACACGACAGGUUCGGGGAAAUGGGAAGGGGGGCCAAGCAAGGAUUCUGUUUAUAUCUCCUCGUUGUACUUCACAAUGACUAGCCUCACCAGUGUUGGAUUUGGAAACAUUGCCCCCACUACAGAUGGAGAGAAGAUCUUUGCGGUUGCUAUGAUGAUGAUUGGCUCACUUCUGUAUGCAACCAUUUUUGGUAACGUGACAACCAUCUUUCAGCAAAUGUAUGCCAACACAAACCGGUACCAUGAAAUGCUGAACAGCGUCCGGGACUUCCUUAAACUCUACCAAGUGCCCAAAGGUCUGAGCGAACGUGUGAUGGACUAUAUCGUUUCCACUUGGUCAAUGUCCAGGGGGAUAGAUACUGAAAAGGUUUUACAGAUCUGCCCUAAGGAUAUGCGAGCAGACAUCUGUGUGCAUCUGAACCGCAAAGUUUUCAAGGAGCACCCAGCAUUCAGACUGGCUAGCGAUGGGUGCCUUCGAGCCCUGGCCAUGGAAUUUCAGACUGUACACUGUGCCCCCGGGGAUCUGAUCUACCAUGCUGGCGAGAGUGUGGACAGCCUUUGCUUUGUGGUUUCAGGGUCUUUGGAAGUAAUCCAGGACGAUGAAGUUGUUGCUAUUUUGGGCAAAGGAGAUGUUUUUGGUGAUGUGUUCUGGAAAGAAGCUACCCUUGCUCAGUCCUGUGCUAAUGUCAGAGCCUUGACUUACUGUGACCUUCAUGUUAUUAAAAGGGAUGCCUUACAGAAAGUGCUGGAGUUCUACACAGCCUUUUCUCACUCCUUCUCCAGGAACCUCAUCUUAACCUACAACUUGAGAAAAAGGAUUGUGUUCCGGAAGAUCAGUGAUGUCAAACGGGAAGAAGAAGAGAGGAUGAAAAGGAAGAAUGAAGCGCCUCUGAUUCUACCACCAGACCACCCGGUCCGUCGGCUGUUUCAAAGAUUCAGGCAACAGAAAGAAGCCCGGCUAGCGGCAGAAAGGGGGAGGGAUCCAGAUGACCUGGAUGUGGAAAAGGGCAACAUCCUUGCAGAGCACUCUCGCACUAUUGUGAAAGCUAGUAUUGUAACGGUAAGGGAGAGCCCUGCAACCCCUGGUUCGUACCAGUCUGCUUCAACAUCCGGUGUGCCUGAUCAUGCCAAAUUGCAGGCCCCUACGUCAGACUAUGCAGGGUGCAAAGUGUCCGGUGACUACCCAAGACGCAAAGGCUGGGCCAAAUUCAAAGAUGCUUGCGGAAAGGGGGAAGACUGGAACAAAGUAUCCAAAGCAGAAUCCAUGGAGACUUUACCAGAAAGAACUAAAACUUCAGGAGAGACUACACUGAAGAAGACAGACUCUUGUGAUAGUGGCAUUACAAAAAGUGACUUGCGCUUGGAUAAUGUUGGGGAGACAAGGAGCCCUCAGGACCGAAGUCCUGUCCUUACAGAGGUCAAGCAUUCUUUUUACCCUAUCCCAGAACAGACUCUUCAGGCUACCAUGCUGGAAGUAAAACAUGAGCUGAAAGAGGACAUCAAGGCUUUAAACACAAAAAUGAGCAGUAUAGAAAAACAGCUUGCGGAGAUACUAAGGAUAUUAACCUCAAGAAGAAGCUCUCAGUCACCACAGGAGCUGUUUGAAAUAUCAAGGCCCCAGUCUCCAGAAUCAGAAAAGGACAUUUUUGGAGCAAGCUGAGAUGUUUCUUUUUUAAAAAACAAAAAACCACACAAAUAAACACCACCCCCCAACCAUUUUAAAUUUAGCCUUUCUUGAUGAAAACCAGUGAGGGACCAGUUCAUUAAGCAUGUUCCCUGUUUCUAAAAAAAGAUACGGUAACAGGAAUUGCAACCUCAUGUCAAGAUGGCAGCUGACACUGAAGUCUUUUUGACAGCAAGGGUACAGUUUAUAAAGUUCUUUUCAUCUCCUUCAUUGGUGCAUCUUUUUUUUCCCCCUACCCUUAUGAUAUUUGGAUAAUUAUUUUUAAAACAGCAGCCAUUCCUGCAAGCAUUAGGUAACCUCAUAGAGGUUUUUGGAGCAUGCCUUAGGUAACCAGCUCAGUUUUUGUAUAGAUACAUAAGGACUUGCCAGGGUGCUUAAAUUCUCUAGCAAUUUUUUUUUGUCUGAUGCUGUCUUGAUCGAGUGUACAUGUUAAAUGUCACAGUAUAUUUUCCUACUGCAAUGAUAAUGUGAUAUGUGGGAGGUUUAUACGGUUUCUUUUCAAAAGAAAUAUGCACUACUUAAUUUCCAAAGGUAUCUGUGGGUGGUAUUAUAUAUUAACACUUGAGGAAAAAACCUGAAACUUCCUACAUUUCAUUUCAAAUCUAGCACAUGAUGUUAAAGUAAUUGUAGUGGGCAAAACCCUCAGAUAUCCACUGUACUGAAGAUGAGGUCCUCCACACCCCCGACAGCAGGGAUACUGGAUUCUCAAAAACUAACCAUUUAUAAAGAUGCCCUUAUACAUUGUUAGUUUUGCUUUCCGAUACCUAAUUUUUUUUACAUAAACUCCAGAGGACAAUUAAAGAGCUGUGCAUGAACUAUGCUUGAACAUGGUGCUUCUUAAAAUAUGAAGCAUUGCAAUGUAUCAGUGUCAUUGUCCCAUUCACCAGGUUUCCAGUCUAUUAUGAAAAUAUACUGUGCCAUUGAUGGUUCUAGUUAGAAUUAUCCUUCAGACGUUUCUAUUUUGCUACUGUUCUUUGUUCAUAGUCAAAGGCUCUCACAAGGCUUUUUAAGAAUUUAGAUUGUUGGAAUUCUUUGUUUUCUCUCAACAUCUAGUUAUUGUACUUAUGCUAACCUAGCUAGAACUUCAAUGGAAAUGGUAAAUAAAAGGACCAUGCUUAGUAUAUGCAAGUGUCAAGGGAUGCCCCCAACCAAAAAAGAAAUCUGCUUCUUAAAGGACUGUUUCCAAACCUUAUGUUUUCAUAAUGCUAGUGGAUGUAGAUACAAGCACUUUACCAAAGCUAGUAAAUAGCAUUUAGUAAUCAUUAGCUAAGGUAGUUUAGCCAGCAUCCUGGCCUUGAUAGAUAGGGAUACUGUUACAGUAAACACUCUAGCACUGUAUUUAACAGUGCUUUAGGGAUCUAACGUGUGAUAUAACAUUUUCUGGUCUUUCAGUCUGAUAGACAAGGGGUCUUUCCACUGAGAGGGGUAGUGACUUUUGAUCAUUUACCUUUUGACAAUACAAACUUACUUCCAAAGGAGGUGUGAUUGUUGUUUAAGGUUUGUUUCACAUUAGAUAAUGGGGUUGCAAGGGAAAACAAGCCAUUUGAAAGGGUUCCUGGUGACACACUGUCUGUAAAUAUUGCUGUUAAUUGCAGUAUUCUUGAGAAGCAGCUGUGUGGGAACAAUUCUUUAGGUUAGUAAAGAAUAAAAACAUAUCAGUGACUCUCACAUAGAAGCACAGGUGCCAUUUUGCUCACUUUAUUUAGGACUCCAUGGUUAGCUUUCUCUAGUGCUAAUUGGUGUCUGUCAUGUACCAAAGACAUACAGUAUUAAGGAAAACUUGAUUUGAACAAAGAAACUCACUGUAUGUUUGCAGACCUAUUGUAACUGCUGCUCUAUAGCUAAUUUACAAGUAAUAACUAUGUUGUGAUUAGCAAAAUAAACCCAAACACAUGCACUUUUCAGUUCCAGACCAUUAAGUGACUUUUCAUAGACUCUAAAAUCAAUAUAUCCAUUAAAGCCUAUGGGAUAUUUAAGUCAUAUUAAUUAUUAAAGCCUAAAUCACACUCUUUGAGACAAUGAAUUAUUAAUUUAUAUUGGUAUUUAGGGGCCUGAAAGUCCCAACAAAUUCUUUGGCCCCAGGUAAGAGUUUAAUUUCUAAACCCGUUCUAACUGGGAUUAGUUCAUCUUCCAAACACUAGUUUUUCUGGAUAAAUUUUUCAAAAAUGCCUAAUUCCCAUUGAAAAUCAAAGGGACUUCGGCACUCCUGAAAAUUUUACCCAUCCAUCUUCCACUGGAAAAUAUAAUACCCAGGUUUCUAGUUGGUGGGCUAGGAGGAAACUAUACAGCCUUCUAGUAGGUGGCUGCUUCCAGAAGUACUACAGUAUAGGUACAGGAGAGUUAGAGACAUAAUCACAGUUAUCUGGCCCUGCCUAGCUCAUAUCUGAUUCAGUCUGCUCAGUAAGCCACAUGACGUUUGUGUAGGUCUCUCAGGGAAACUUUAGUGAAUAUUUUGGUGUUGGUGUUGCUGUUGCUGAGUGCCUAACGUUGGAAUGGCAGGGCUAGAACUCAAUAGCUCUAUGAUUACGGUACCUCCAGCAUGGGAGGUCAAACAAAACUAACAUGGAUCUGCACUUCUUGUGGCUAAAUUAUUACUGUCUGAGGUCCUCCACUUGUGUAUUACACAGUCAUAGAGCCACAAGCUCUAUACUAACUGGUGUUUGAAGAACAGAACCCACCUGUAGCAUUCUCUGGCUUGUGAAGACAUCACGAGUUAUAAUGUGCUUUAGAAUUAUGGUUAACAUUUAAUGACUGUAUGGGCCAAAUGUAGCUUUGUUACACUCAUGUAAAUCCAGAGUAGCGCCCCUUCAAGUAUCAACUUCAAGUCAGCACCGAAGUAAGUGGAUGUACUCCAGAUUUGCACGGCUGUAACUGAGAUCAGACGCUGGCCCAUUAAGGCUGUGUGAACCAUCAGCUGCUCAGACUAGUUGGAGGAUAUAGUUACAGUCCUCAGUGAUUCCCAUACAUUGUAAGAGCAGCUUAAAAAAAGUGUUUGUUUAGGACCGCACUCAGUUUUUGGAUACACAUACACACAGGCCUCCCAUUGGGCUGUGAAGUCAACAAAACUUAUACGUUCCUGAAGAGAAAUCAAGGCUCUGAAUUGUUAUUUCUUGUUCUUUGAUUUUGUUUCGCUCUGCUGCCUUAUGUAUUACAUAAACUUUUGUGAUUUUUUGUCUUUCAAAUUAUUUUAAAAUGUCCUCAUUUUAUUCAUCUUAGAAAUGGAUGAAUCCUACAUAUCGAAUUCUAUUAACCACCAAACCUUUGUAAAUGCUAUAAAAACAAUGUUCACUCUCUUUUGGCAUAGUGCGGCUGCAGUUUUACAACUUGCUGAAUAGUCUUCAUGUCAGCAGAAAGCCGUUUCACACUUGAUUUUUUACUUUAAAGUUGUAAUUAGGUUGAAAAUGGGAUGCAGGUAGUUCAGAUAAAGUAAUAAUGUGUUUUGGUUUAAAUGGCAGGUUUUAAGCGUCAGUACUUAAAUUACGUAAAUUACCCUAGGCAUUACAUGAUUUAAAAAAAAUCUCUGUUCAGAUACAUUUACUUCUGUCUGAUAUUGCAUGUAUGCUGUUAUAAACAUUAUUCUUGCUUUAAAUUUCAUUCACAGUGCUGUCCCGCUUUCCAGAGAACAUCCAGUUUAACAUCUUCGAAGGUGAUGUUCUACUUCUACAGUACUUCACUUUAAUGAGCCGAAAGAGCUAUUUGCUGUGAAUAUCCUGGUGAUUUUUUUUUUAAACAGUGUUGAUAAGUUUGUGGAACAACUUAAAACACGAUUUUUGUCUUUACUAUAUAAAUUUCAGUGUAUAUGAUAACAUGUAUACAUACAUACAUACACAUACAUAUUAUAUAUAUGUAUGUAUAGAUAAGUCUAUGGAUUGUAUAUCAGUCAAAUAACAGCACAUCCUUCAUUUAAUGAUAAAGGUUCAAGAAGGGAACAUAAGUUUUCCCCAGUAGGUAUCCAUUGAAAUGUUCUAGUCUGGUAUGUUUCUAUUGAUCAUUAACCUUUUCAGGCCACAGCGGUUCUUUGGUUUCUCUGCUAGGCCUAAAGUUUAUUAACCUGACUAGCUUAUGAUACUAUGAUUGCGAUGGGAUCUGGCAAACAUUGUGACAGCCAGAAAUUGGAAACACACACGAGGUUCAAAAACACAUUGGCAUAAUUGCUGAGAAGCUGGUUCAUAAGCCACAGCUUGUUGCCAUUCACUGUAUUGUAUCUCUAAAGCAAAGUUGAUCUAGUACUGGUUCUUGUGGUUUCUCCCCGAGGAUGGAGUCCAGAAUAAAUGUGUUCUUUUUUUGGUACCAGGUGCUGUCUCAAAGGUGCUGAGAAUACUAUACUUACCCUGGGGCAAAGUGUCUUUCAAUGACUUGAGUCUUAAACAUUUCUUGUCACUGCACCUCUAUUUUCUUAUCCUGGCACUAGGGGUAGAAAUGCACUUGCCAUGUUGGCCUCUGAAUUCUUGACUUCGACACAGAGGAAGCCAAUAGCCGAAGGCUCUCUCCUGUGAGUGUAUAGGCAAUAACAAAGUCUGUAUUUCAUCUGUACUUCUGAGUAAUAAAGACAAACAUCUCAAAGAAUGCCCCACUAAUUCAAUGUGAGGUACAGUAAGUACUGAGGUUUACUGUACUCUUGUUCUAGACCACAUUGUUGUGGUGAACAUUGAUUCAAUUAAUUUAAAAAUAAAGCUUCUUGCAAUAAAACAUUCAACACUUAG